AUGUUUUCCCGAACGGCGCUCGCCAGAGCCUUCGCACUGCCAUUCGAGCAGUCCGCCCGGCCUCUCAACACCACCUUCGGGGCCUCCCUCAGAACCACUAAGCGCAAACCCCCGCGCUCAGACCAGCACACCCAGCCAACAACCAUCCACCUCCACACCGUCGAAUACCAUCCCAACUUCCAAACUCCCCGUGCUCCGACCUUCACCUCCCCGUUAAAAGUGACCAAAUCCCUUCUCGAGAAGUUGCCGUACCUGACGACUCAAAAGCCACACUACAUCACUGCUCACCUCCACGACAACCCCUACCUUCUCACUGAAGGUGACCACCUCCGUCUCCCUUUCUUGAUGCCCAAGGUGAAGCCCGGGGAUGUCAUUCGUUUCAACCGGGCGUCUGUUCUGGGAUCUCGCGAGUUUACGCUCAAGGGGGCACCGUACAUCGAUGAGCGGCUGUUUGAGUGCCGAAUGCGUGUUAUGGGAGUGGAUUCGGAGCCAUUGCGGGUGAAGGAGAAGACGAAGCGCAGACAGCGACACGUGAGAAAGGUGCGCAGCAAGCAUCGGUAUACCCUGCUGAGGGUCAUGGAUGUCAAAGUGAAGACUGCGGAGGAGUUACUGGAGGAGGGUGCUGUUGUUGUCGAGGAUGGACAGGAUGUGGAAGUCAAGGCAUAA